CAUUCUGGGAACCAAUGGAUGUGAAUUAUGUACCUCCACCCACCCCACCAUCAACAACACCAAGUACUACCACAAGUACUACAACGCUAAGUCCUACAACACCAAGUACUACCACAAGUACUACAACGCUAAGUCCUACAACAUCAAGUACUACCACAAGUACAACAAUGCUAAAUCCUACAACACCAAGUACUACAAAGCCAAGUACUACACAGGCAAGUACUACAACACCAAGUACUACAAUACUACAAGUACAAGUGAUUAUGAUACUGCAAAGCCAAGUACUGCAGAGACAAGCAUGACAACUCAAGUGCCAAUCAUGUUCAACCUAUUACAGGGAGUAGCCAUUGUUGGGAUGAUUUUUGACAGUUUUUUGGUGGUAGUGGAAACGGAGCUGUCUGAUAUACUGGCGACUACCCUCCGCAGCAGACCCUUAUCUUUUCGUCUAAAUAAGGUGUUAAAGAUACUGUGCUGUCUGCUUUGUGCGGCAGUUGAAAUAACGGCUGUGGUCUUGUUUUGUUUGGCUGAUUCCAUUAAAGUUACUCUCGUUGCUCUUGUGUGUGUGGCGAUAGUGCUUAAUUUCAUAAAGCUGGUAAUCUUGUGUCUGCCAUUUGGACCCAGUCAUGAACUAAAGGACAUCUGCAACCUUACUGUCAAAGUGUGUUCCAUCAUCCAUGUGAUUUUUACAACUGCAGUUGUCGUUGUUGGUGUGUUGGAGAUUGACAAGUGCGGAAAUACCAUAAAAGACUCUUGGCUUCUGAAAGUGGUGGUCGCUUCCACAAUAUGGAUUUCCCUGUUUUUACUUUGGGUUUCCGUGAACAGUAUCCAAAGUAAAGCAAUACUGGGGAGAAGCCAAAUAGGGAGCCAAAGACAGGGUGAUAGAUGGAGGAAACAAAGAAAAAUGAAGAUCGGUGCUGCAGAAGUAAUUGUUACUGCUGUCUACGUAAUCCUCAUCGUGGGAAACUUGUGUUUUGCUGUAGCUGUCACUGUUGGGAUAUUUAGGUGUCAGGAAAUGUAGGCCUGUGAUUGGUGUGUUGGUACUUUUUUGCAUUGUUUUUAAGUUAUUAAUGUUUCAGAUUCCUUACUGCAAUUUACGCACUUGUAUGCAUGCACAUGCCUAAAAAGGCACAAUUACUUUAACUGUACUUUGAUAUUAGUACUUGAGUAUGACACUUGUUUUUGAACUAAUCUCUGUACCUUGUGGUUUAUUCGUAUACUGCUGCUGUGACCUGCAAAUUUCCCCCUUUCCACCCAGUGAUAAAUGAAUCUAUCUAGCUCUA